GCAGGUUCAUUAAACUUUAUUGACAACAAGCUCGGUAAACACGGAAGAAGAUGGCAGGAGCUGAGAGAGCAGGACUGAGCUUGUUAUUAAUGUUCUCUUAGGACAUGUGAAGUCAACAUCCCUACAGUCCAGAAGUAUGUGAAGUUAAGCUGAAAUAAGUGAAAAUGUACAGAGAAAGAAAACUUCAGCGCCACGACCCUUCUACUUCAUCAGAGACUAAUGACAGUGAAGUGGCAUCAUCUUCUGACACAUUAUCUUCUUCCCAAAAUGGGUUAAAGACAAAGACUAAUUUCCCGUUUUGCCUAUUGCCUGUUGAUUGCCAACUCCACAUUUUUUCAUUCCUCUCCGAGGUUGAGAAAUGCACCGCUGCACUGGUUUGUUCAAACUGGAGCAAACUGAUGCGCACUCCUCGUUUGUGGAGAGUCGCUGACUUCAUGAGGUUGGGCGCUUUUAUCUCUGGUAUGGAUGGUGUGUUGGCAUCGUUUCGGGAGUUUGAGAGGUGGAAAGAGUGGGUGCACCAAUAUGCCUACCAUUUGGCAUCCCGUGGAGCCAGCUUGCUGGUUCUCCGGGCCAGCUUUGAUCUUGGUGACCAAAGGACCAAGUGGGCAGAUUUCCUUCUGCAGUUCCUGGACAAAGUUCAUUGUGGAGAAUUAAGAGAGCUGGAGCUGAACUGGACUUUAACACACUUGGAGCCUUUGGAUUUGUAUCCUCCUGAGAGCAUGGCCCAAAUAUGCAUGGCAAAGACAGACCAGUUCAAUAGUUUUCAGACACUUUUUAAGCAGCUAACCCGAACUUCUCCAAAACUGAGCCGCAUGAAACUCCCUUUUGAUUGGUCAGAGCAUUCAGUUUCUCUCCUCACACAUUUCCAACAUCUGAGCACAUUGGAGUUAAACUACUUCUGGGUAUUCAAAGGGGUCCAACCAGAGACUAUGCAAAAACUUACAAGGUCUCUUCCAAAGUUAAAGACUUUGAUCCUUCAGAUUUUGGUCCCGGUGAAGGACCUUGGAGUCUCCUAUCCCCUGGAAUCCAAGUCUUUGGAGUUUUUAGAUGUCUCUCAGAGCCGUGGACUUGUCUUUAACCAUCUAGAUUUACCUUCCCUUAAAGAACUCCGGGUGAAGAAAACUAUUAGGGGUAUCAUUCUAAAUCGCAGAACCCGUGUGGCGCUCCAGACUCGCUGGACAUGUUUGUAUGACCUUUUAAAAUCUGGGACCCCUAAACUUCAGGUAUUCAACUCCCACAGAUUAUUACCUUGCUGGCCAACACAGAGUUACCUUGAGCUCAGUGAAGUUUUGCUGCAGUCCUGUUACUGCAUUCAGCACACUGACACGUGGCUCCUAUAACGACCUGUUUAACUCCUGGGAUUUGAAGGAAAAAAGACUACACUUACCUUUUAUAGAUUUUAGGCACAGAGUGAAUGGUUGAACCAUUUAUUAAAGCAGACAAAGCUGAGCAGGAUUUUUUGUGCAUGGUAUAUGUUAUAAACCUUUCUUGAUUUGCCUGUGCAGUAACUGUGUUAACACAGCAUUACCACCACAACUUUCUAUAAUCUUGAGCCCAUUCCCAAGGCUAAAUGCAGUGGUUUUAUCAUGGCCCAAAAUUCACAAUUUCCAGUAGAAUAUAAGUAUAUUCAUUAUAGUGGUCACUGCAAAUGCAGACUCGGCACUGUGCUGUCACAAAUGACCCCCUACCAAAUGAAUGGCAGCCAAUAGUCCCUCCACCAUGUUAGCUAAAUAAAGUGUCCUGAGUCGAGCAUA